AUGGUGCAGGUUGCGGGGAAACCUGUUGUUUUAUUUCAAGUCGCGAGAGCAAUGGUCGGAGCCUCUGGGCGUGAUAAUACUGGAACAAUGCUUCGUUCGCAUGGAGCAGCCGAGCAAUCAGAUCCCCUACGGAUUCAGUAUAGGAUUGCUUUUUCAGUGUUCGACGGAGGUUUGUUCCAAGCAUUGGGUGCAAACUCGGCCGAGGAGAGGGACAGUUGGUUGCAGGCUCUUCAGCUUGCCAGCUACGAAUGCAUGCGAAGUCAGUUGCUGGCGCUGCAACAACGCAUAGAGGCGUUCAGCGGCCACAAACACGACACCGACAUCCAAAUGCUACGACUGCAACGCGGAAUUUCGGCAGAUAUUCCAGUGAUUUUUAAUAAUAUACAUCUAGAUAGACGUCUGUCGAGUCUAUUUUCUCUGAAACUUGACACUUGUCUCUCAGAUCCUGCUGAAAUACCGAUAUGCGAGAUAUCGUUGGCGUGCGACAAUCUCCUCUGCGACGGCCACGGCCGGCCACCUAAUCCGGUUCUAGAAGUAGAUGUGCAGGUGAGGUGUUCGAAAACCUGGAUUAAGUACGCGCGAACGGAGGUGGUGGAGCGAAGCAGCAAUCCCGGUUUUCUAACAACUGUCAGCUUCCGAGCUAGCGACGGGCUGACAUUGGAGACGAAAGUGAGGAUAACCGCGUACGACGUUAGGGAACGCGUGAGUCAAACGGCAACACCGAUCGGGAGCGCGAUCGUUACGUUGAACGCGGUUCAAGAUACACCCAGACUGAGGAUACCCUUGAAAUCUGCAAAAACGACGACCGUUGGUUUCUUGACGAUCAACGUGUGGAACUUGGAGGCGGAGGACAGAGGGAACAGCACGGAAAGCACACCGUCGAAGGAGUGCACCUCCUCCUCCGCGAUGAACCACCAGUUGCUUCUGCACACCGUGCUGACCGUGCGUCGUAAUUUCAGAUUUCACUCUGGCCUAGGCGGUGACAUUUGCGUACACGAAAUCAUGGCAGAGAGCAAACUUUGUUUCCAAUUUCCGCAGCAUUUACUUGCGAUUUGGAUCCAGGAGGAGAAGGAACUGCUGCAGGAAGUGGCCGGUAUGGGCGAGCUGAGAGAGCCCUGGCACACAAAGCAAGUCGAGCUGCUUGAUCGGCACCUGCAUCUUUUACAUCUUUAUUCGCAAGCUAAAGAGAAUUUGGCCGCGUUCAAAGGAAGUUAUUUCAAGCGAUCGUCACGUAGGAACGAUAGAACGUUCGAAUUUGCACCCGUUAACUUACAUCUUCAGAGAAUGUGGGUGCAUAACGAUACGUUAAACAGAUGUGGAUUUUACGACUUUAUCACUGUCGGAGCAUUCACCGCGCAUUCGCAUAAGAGUAAAAACGGCGGACUCAUUAGGUUGCUGCAAGCUUUAAAGGAGUCGCCAACGCGUGGCAAUCAGUUGUAUCAGGGUACGUCGAAAAUAACGAUGGCGCACGAUGCCAUUCAAGCGAUCAAACAACUCCGACGAGACGUUGUCGACGCUAUGCGCGCUCUGAUGAAGCUGGCGAAAGACAAGCAAACCAGCGGCAUGUUGCCAAUUUGCGAGGAUAUGAUCACAAAGACCAGAAUUUUACUCAGCCUGUGGGAUCCUGGCUUGGUCGAGGAGGCGUUGACUUUCCUCGAGGAGUACAAAGUAGCCAAGAUCCACGAAACAUCCUCCAACGACAACAAUCCUCUCAAUUUAGACUUUAAAACGAACCAGUCGUUGUCUCCUUUCAAACGGAUCACUCAGCAGUUGAACUUUGACCUGAAGAGCCCGGACUUUGACGAUUUCGUUACGCCCGACACUCCGGAAUGCGUGAAAGAUCUGUGGACGAAAGAGGGCGAAAGGAACGGCUUUACGGCCACGUUUCCCUCGAAUUCGUAUCGCGUUAAUGCCAACAACAUCACCGUGCAAGGUCACCAAGGUCGAGACAACGACGGUGGCGGCGGCGGCGAUGGAAGAAAGGAGGAGGAAAAUUUUGUUAUUUUUCCAGAUGUCGAAAACGACUUGGCUACAGACUCGGUGAUUGUCGAAACGACCAAUCGAAACGACGACGACGACGACAACGACAACGGAAACGAUUCUGUCGUUGACGACAGCAGCGUGCCAGCUGGUGGCAGCAAGCUGUCAGAGGAUAACGAGGGACGAGAGGAAGAAGUUAAAGGCGACAUCGAUCCGUGCAAACGGUUCUUAGAUACCCAAAAGAUGUGCAACUCGCCGUCUGCUAAUUACUACAAGCCCACCGACGAGCCGGAACCGUGGGACCUCACCCAACUGAACAUCGAGGCGAGCGUAAUGUGUUUGGUGUCGAAAGUAAAGUUCCUCUGCGGGAGGUGCAGCAGUCCGGCUGUACGGCUGCGGAAUAAAAACGUCGUGGGCAGAUCGCACAGCUUGAAGGGAUGCAUUUCGAGCAAUCGUGGCAUCAAGGCCGUUCACGUCGUGACGAUUCAGCCGAAAAAUGACGUUAAGAGUAAUAACGACGAGUCGAGCAAGUUGCUCGACGCCACGACCGAAACUCGUGCAAACUUUAACAAGCAACAACCGAGCUCAAGCUCGGAAAUGACGCCAGCCUUCUCCAAAGCCAAAGAAGGACAAAGGAACAAGUUCACCGAAGGCUUGGAUUUUGCCACGAUUGUCGAUUGGACGAGCGAGCUCCGACCGAGCAUGAAGAAGCUACGACAAGCUAUGGACGGGUUAUUGAAAACCGCUCGAUUAACGCAUUCGGUGUUCAGGGUGCAAGAAGACCCGAAAAUAGCUCAACGCGCCUGCAACGUUCGAUAUAGGCGAGACGUCUGCUUUAGCCAAGCGUUGACCAGCUUGGUAUCGGGAUUGAUGGCGAAGCUUUGGUGUCAAAGACCCGAUCCCAUGUUUCUUUUAAUUUUGACCACGCUUGGACCUCUGGUCUCGUUCGAGGGACUUCUCAGUUAUUACGGGGACGAGAUCGACAUGUGGGGAGACAUGACCGUAGCGGUGGAAGAUAUGCACACUGUAACUUUCACGCUGGCCAGAUGCGGCAUUGAACCAAGAUUCGAGGGGAAUUGCGGGAACGUUCCGUUUCAACAGCCGCUACCGAGAGUACUUGGUUCCCGAGCGGCAUUGACGGUCGUGUUGCCCGUGCCGGAUGCGAUCUAUUCUCUGUUGCCGUUGGUUCCCACCUCCAGGCAAACCAUCUCCUUCAACGUCACCCCGGUCUUCUUUAAUGUCGGUAUCAACGAAAUGGCCUCCCUGGCGGAGAGCCUCGGAACUACGAAACCUCAGGAGAAAAGCAAUAUGGAUAAUUUCGAAAGGCUGAACGAGUAUUACUUGCGAUUCAAGAAACUUAAUUUACCGACAGAGACGUUGUCGACGCGACUUGGUGCAAGGUCGCCGCUUGGUCAAACAUUAGCGGAACUGAUGGCCAAUCUAAAGGGAAGCGUCCAAGCCAAAGUAAACAAGAACGUGGAAGUGUUGCAACUGUCCUCCCAAAUUUGCCGGAGAAUGCGCGGUCUGAGGUUCACCAGCUGCAAAAGUGCGAAGGAUCGCACCGGGAUGUCAGUGACGUUGGAGCAAGUGAACAUCCUGAGCGCCGAGUAUCACUUGGCCGAGCACGAAUACUCCAGAGCGCUCGACUGUAUGCGAAGCGAAGGAUGUCGACGGGAGAACACGUGGAAAAAUAUUGGAAUUCGGAAAUACGCGUUCAAUAGCUUGCAAAUACUGACAUUUCCAAAACUGUAUCGGCCACCGACAGGGACCUACGGAUCGGCGCAAACUUAAUCAUUUAAUGACGUGAUCAUCUCGCGUGUUACGCGCGAUACAGGAAUCCAUUCGGGUAAAAAAACGAGAGAGAGGGAGAGAAAAAGAUUGUAACUCGACUAAAGCAGAUGGAAUGAUUUUCCUCGUACAAAUUACACGUAAAUAAUUCCCGUUCGUUCGAAGUCGAUCGGUAUCGGAAUCGAGUCGCUAUUCUACGCGAAAACGAAAACGAAAACGAAAACGAAAACGAAAGAAAAAGAGUGCCAUCUCGUUUGAUACCAUCGCCCUGUUAAUACAGAGAUCGUGAAAUUUUGAAACGAUGUAUUUUUAUUAUUUCUGUACAUAGAAUUUCACUUUAGAUAAGAGUACUCGCGAAAAAUGGAAUAGGAAUUUCAUUGAAAUUCGCGUUAUGUGCCAAUAUAACGAUAUAACGAUACAAUUUGUUGUAAUUUAUCAAGAUCCGUUUAUCCCUCGACAUGACGAGAGCGAGCCAAACGCGAACAAGGUGCAAGUUGUGAUCUGAAACGACUUGCACCUUCGAAGCACCACGAAUCUAUAAUGUUUGAUCAUUAUUUCUGACUGUGUGUUUAAAAAAUAUACGCGAAUGUUAGUCGAAGAAUGUUACUGACGAACAACAAAGUUUGAUUCUUAAAAAGAACGCGUUUUGAAAUUUACUGAAAAAGAGAUUCUUUGGCGACGAUUUCUCGACGAGCACCAGUAGUAGAUACAUAUAUUAUUGUUGUGUAGUUUGGCUCGUGUGUUCUGCGCGUGAUAAACAAUCGAAAAUUUAUGAUAACAAAAUAUUAUCACCCGUCAUAUUGAGGUAUAAAUUUAGAAGAAAGGGUGCUUCGCGACAAUGAUCGCGUUCCAUCGAGUAGGAUGGAGUACACAAGUACAGCCGUCCCUUCGUUUACGCGAAAAGAGAAUCUGUCGGUGCAAUUUUCAUUUUCACGUCCAAAGACAGAUUUAGAUUUUCUCUUUCUUCGCGUUAUUUGAACGUUUGUUAACCUCUUGCUCUGGAAUGACGUGCCAUUCACGUCGAGAAUUGUCCCAAAAUUGCAAUAUUUCCUCAGUUUUAAGUAUAUUUAAAUA